GGUAAUCAGGCUGAGUAUUCUACUAGUACUAGGCCUACACCUGGCCUUUGCAGUUUUCUGCGUGUGGUAUUUUAAAAGCUACUACAAGAAAGGUGUGAUGGAAAAUAAUAAUUGUGCUAGCAGUAGCUCUAUUGUGCGUACCUUAGAAAAAGAUAUGGCACACCUUGACAAGAUUCUACAUAGUCUUGAACAAGACACAAGUAGACAGCUACAGCUAAUUGAGAAGGAGAACAUACAAAGUUCUGCACUAGAAAUUAGAUUGAAGGAGACUGAAGGCAAGAUCAAGAGCUUAGAGGAGGCAAACUCCAAAUUAGAUGAGGAUACAAAAAGAGUACACCAUCAGUUUAGGCAAAAUAGAGACAGUGUAGAUGGUUUGAAGAGGCAUUACACUGUACUAGUCCAGCACCAGGAAGCGUUGUCACAGCGAUACCAGUCUUCACAAGAUGAUUGGCAAAAACAAAAAAUUGAAAUAGAGAGGGCGCUGUUACAUUAUGAAGAAACCUGGCAGCGGUACAAAUGUAAAUAUGAGUGUAUGCCAAUGGCAGUGGAGUUCAGAAAACACAAACAAGAGUUUGAAGAGAUUCAAAGAAAGCUGCAAGCUUCAUUUGAUAUAAACAAAGAACUGAAGAACAAGUUACGUGCACUGCAAUAUAGAGAGAGUACCAACCAGACUUGGACGAAUUGUGUCGUUAAACUAGCAAAGAUGAAGACUGAAACAUUUCAAGUGGAAAAAGAAAUAAAACAAAUACAGGAAAUUAAUCAACAAAUGCUCAUAGAAGUGAAAGAAGAGAAAGAAAGGCAAAACAGACUAAUGCAGGAAUAUUGUACCAAGAAGAAAAUACAAGAGGAAAGAGCCAAUCAGUUGAGAAUUGCACAGCAGUGGAAAAUAGAACAGAGGACUCAAUCUAAACAGAGGGAGUUACAUGUAAGAUCGACAGAGACAGCUGUCACAGUGUCUACAACACAAGACCAAAACCUCAUGAUUCCUCAUGUUCCAUCUAUCCCUCAGAUUCCAUCCUUUCCCCAAGUUCCGUCCAUUCCUCAGGUUCUGUCCGUCCCAAAACCAGUUGUUCCCUCAAAGCCCUAUCUGCCUUCUGUCUCUAUGCCUUAUCUCAAUCAACAACCAGACAAGACUAAAUAUCAGGCACAUUAUAUACCCCAGCUGGAGAUUAAUUCUCCCUCGUUACUUGGAACUACAAGGAAUUUUCAGCCUAGAACCCUGCAGAUGACAGCAGCGAAUCAACCUCAGAUUUCAUGCCCUCCUAACCUCAUCCAUUGCAAACCCAGAGCCACACCAGUAACAACAAGAUUGCCAUCACUUAGGACCAGUACAGCCACUUACACUAGCUCACAGACAGACAAAUCUCAAGAGAAAGCCACAAGCAUGAGCAUGUAUUUUCAAAUUCCAACCCUCUACCAGCCAUCACCUAAACCAAGUGAUCAAACUGUACAGACAUCUCAGAGCCUGACACCAGUCAUCGAUACUCAAGUUCAGACACGACCAUUGCCGUCAGGACCAGGAAAGUAUCUUCAAAAUCAACCACGUCAGGGUAGUUUGGAAGGACCACAAGAACAGAGACCAACUCAAAGAGUUUCGGCCCAAUGUGAAUUGCCAAAAACAAUCCUGCCAUCUGCUGUGGAUAGAGAAGUCAUAACAAAUAGACAAUCACAGUCCCCUUGCCAACAACAGAUCGUCAAAAACAAUCAUAGAAACCAAGAUCUCCAACUGGAGAAUCAAUCAAAAGCUAAAACCAGCAUACCCGAGCAUGCUGUGGAAGAUGGUACGUCUGGACCACAUGCUGUUGCAGAACACCCUAGUGGAACAGACCAUCAAGUGGUAACAGCAUUGAGUACUAUAGACAACACACCAAUGAACACAUACCAAGUGUUGCUACCAGAUGAUGGCAGAUCCCUGUUUGAAACACACCAGGCACAUUUUGAGGCAAGCGGCAACAAAAGCCCUGGCUUCCAAUUUGGAAAGCGUCCAAUGUUUAAAACAAAUCAGCAGAAGGAUAAGGAAAGACCAAGCCAAGAACAGAGCAUUGGACAACCAGAUACAGAUGGCAAUCCAUUCUUCCAGUCAUUCUUUCAGGUGGGUGUUUCUGGAGACACAGACGUUCAGCAACUUUCAAAUAAAUCUACUGAUACAUGGUCUCAAAAAGACCUAACUAAAUUUAAGGAUGUGUUUUCAGAGCCUUUAGAAUACAAAAUGUUCUAG